AUGAAGCUCUUGCACCUCCUCGCCGUCCUGCCCCUCGCCGGCGUCCUUGCGGCUCCCACGCCGCAGGGCACUUACGCUGACUAUGGCGACUACAAUCUGCCCAGCUACGCCUCGUACGGCAGCUACGAAGGCACCCCGCCCCCUCCCAGCGAGAACCCAUACGGAUCGUACGGCGACUACGGCAGCUACAAGCGCGAAGCCGCCCCGGAACCCGUCGCUGAGCCGGCGCCCGAGCCUGCUCCAGAGGCUGCUCCCGAGCCAGCUCCCGGCUACGGGGCCUAG